UUGUCGCGAGGUUUCAAUGGUGUGAUGUAAUGUGUGGGCGUGCCACGGAGGAGGUGGUGGGCGGGGCCUUUGCCGGGUAACGGCCAUCGGUGUGUCGGUGGUCUAGUAUUGAGAGCUGUGAGAGUCCCGGUUGCCGGUGAUUCUCCCGGCGGGGAGAAGUAGGGGUAGCCAUGGCCGGACAGCAGUUCCAGUAUGACGACAGUGGCAACACGUUCCUCUACUUCCUUACCUCCUUCGUGGGGCUAAUUGUCAUCCCGGCUACAUAUUACCUGUGGCCCCGGGACCAGAACUCGGAACAAUCAAGAUUGAAAAGCAUACGUCAAGUAUAUAGAAGUUGUUUAUGGUACCAACUGAGGUCAAUCAAGCCACAGCAAAAUAUAGUCCCCACAAUAAAGAAAGCAGUUUUGCUUCUGGGAUGGGCUAUAUUCAUUUUUCUUGCCUACAAAGUUUCCAAAACAGAUAAAGAAUAUCAAGAAUACAACCCAUAUGAGGUUUUGGGUUUGGAUCCAGGAGCAACAGUAUCUGAAAUUAAGAAACAAUACCGCUUACUGUCUCUGAAAUUCCACCCUGAUAAAGGAGGAGAUGAAGUUCUGUUUAUGAGGAUAGCAAAGGCUUACGCAGCUUUAACAGAUGAACAGUCGAGAAAGAAUUGGGAAGAAUAUGGAAAUCCUGAUGGGCCACAGGCUACGAAUUUUGGCAUUGCACUGCCUGCCUGGAUUGUGGACCAAAAAAAUUCUAUGCUGGUUUUGUUUGUAUAUGGCCUGGCUUUCAUGGUUAUCCUGCCAGUUGUUGUGGGUUCAUGGUGGUAUAAGUCAAUUCGUUAUAGUGGUGAUCAGAUCCUCAUCCGUACCACUCAGAUCUACACUUAUUUUGUGUAUAAGACAAGGAACAUGGAUAUGAAACGCCUAAUCAUGGUGUUAGCAGGGGCAUCGGAGUUUGAUCCCCAGUAUAAUAAGGAUGCCACAAGUAGACCUGCAGAUAAUGUGCUGAUACCUCAGCUAAUAAGAGAGCUUGGUGGCAUCAAUCUAAAGAAAAAUGAACCUCCACUAACCUGCCCCUACAGUCUUAAGGCAAGGGUGCUUUUACUGGCUCAUUUGUCACGGAUGCAAAUACCUGAGACGCUAAAAGAAGAUCAGCAGUUUAUCUUGAAGAAAUGUCCUGCUCUGCUCCAGGAAAUGGUUAAUGUUAUAUGCCAGCUAAUAAUAAUGGCUCGUAGUAGAGAGGAGCGGGAGCUCAGACCACCUUCACUGGCCUCUCUGGAGAACUGUAUGAAGCUCUGCCAGAUGACUGUUCAAGGCCUCCAACAAUUUAAAUCUCCAUUCUUACAGUUACCAUUUAUAGAAGAGGAUCAUCUGAGACGAGUGUUUAACCACAAAAAGUUCAAAAUCAAAACAAUUCGGGACCUGGUUAGCAUGAAGGAGUCGGAUCGUCGCCUGCUGUUUAGCUUUCUGGAGGACAGCAAUUAUGAGGAGCUAGUAGCAGUUCUUGGCAGCUUUCCUCACAUCACAAUGGAGAUAAAGCCUCAUGUGCUAGAUGAUGAAGACAGUAACAACAUUACAGUGGGUUCACUUGUUACUGUCCUUGUAACACUUAGAAGACAAACAAUGGCGGAGGUGUUUGAGAAGGAACAGUCCACUUGCUCUGCAGAAGACCAGCCAGUGGAAGAAGGAGCAGACACGGGCAAGGUCAAGAACAAAGGUUGGCAACAAAAGAAUAAAACAGCCAAAAAAGCAUCCAAAUCUAAGAAAAAAAAGCCAGUGAAAAAAAAGCCACCACCUCCAAUUUUAUCUCAACAGAAACCAUCUAAGCAGAAACAAGGAAACGAUGCAACAGGCAAUGAUGUUGCGGCAAAAGAGGAAGAAGAUGAUCUCUCUGAAAAAGCCAGUGACUCUGAAGAUGAAGAUACAAAUAAAGAUUCCCAAAGUGAUGGAAGUGACAAAGAAUCUGACAGAGAGAAUGACGAGAAACAAGGAAAAGAUGAUGAAGCGGAAUGGCAAGAAUUGCAACAGAGCAUUCAGCGAAAAGACCGCGCCUUACUGGAAACCAAAUCAAAAAUAACACAUCCUGUAUAUAGCUUAUACUUUCCAGAGGAGAAGCAAGAAUGGUGGUGGAUUUACAUUGCAGACAGAAAAGACCAGACGUUAAUAUCUAUGCCGUAUCAUAUUUGUACACUUAAGGAUCAAGAAGAGGUCGAGCUUAAAUUCCCAGCACCAAGUAAACCUGGAAAUUAUCAAUACACCAUGUUUUUAAGGUCAGAUUCUUACAUGGGUUUGGAUCAGAUCAAACCUUUGAAGCUGGAAGUUCAUGAAGCUAAACCAAUACCAGAAAACCAUCCACAAUGGGAUACUACUAUAGAAGGUGAUGAUGACCAAGGAGACAGUGAAGGUUUUGAAGAAAGCUAUGAAGAAGAAGAGGAAGACGAGGAGGAGGAUUAAACUAAGAAGGCAAAAAAGGACUUCUCAGAUUUGCACAUGGUCAUCUGAUAUCAUCGGAUAUUGCAGCUAUUCCAUUCACCAGAACCACAGCCUAGAAGUUUUUGAGGAAGUCUGCUUUAGUUAGUGUUUUGUAUUGUUUGGCUUUAUUCAAACAGACCCUUGCUCUCGGCAAAGGCCUAAUGCAUUUCUAAAGCCAUUCAGUGCACUUGGCUCAUCUAAAAGCAUAUUUUUGUUCAAUCACAAUGUCUGCGGUCAAAAAGUGCCCAUCUUUGCACUUCAAGAGAUCUUUUAUAGCAGAAAAUAUCUCCUGCAUUUAAUCCAGAGCUUGGUUAAAUUUGAUAGAUCCAUUUCAGUUGAGGUUUUAUCCUCCGUCCUUUUAGACCUAUUUCGUUAUUUUAAAUGGUGAAACAUUCCACCAGAAAUUUAUAUUGCCAGGGUGUUUAUAUACUAUAUAACACUAAUACAAAGUUUGAGAACAUUUUUCUUUUUGAGAAAUCUUUUUAGCAGAUAAAAUAUUCAUCAUUACCACUAGCAAGUCAAUGCAAAUAGGGAUUUGGUAAAGAAGUGGCUGUGCAGGUAAUGGGACCACAAGUGGCCGGAAUGUUUGUGGUCUUGAUACAAAGAUACUUUUUUAUUAGUGAAAACUAAGUGAGAGGCUAAAUACUUCUGGAAAGUGUUAUCGAUGGGAUAAGAUAUGGAUCUGUGGCUGUAAACAGAAAAGACACACCAGCCUUCAUUAUGGGUGAUAUUUUUAAAAUGAUAUAUAAAAGAAAAAAAAAAAAACAAUUACUUAAUGGAUUCUUAGUCUUCGGAUCAGUGCCAAGCUCCUCUCUGUCUGUCCUGAUGCUGUGACAUCUACAUCUGGAACAUUUGUGCAGUUUUGUUUUCUGUGUAGGUUCACUUGGCUUUCUACAGAAAUUUUAAGAGCCGGCUACACAGACAUGGUUAGCUUGUAUAAUAAUCAAUAAACCAGUACACCAUUGAUGACUGUUUUGCAUUUGUAAUAGUGUGUACCUCUUUUGGCCUCCCAUUGAGGGAAUAAUUUUCUAAAUAUUUGCUAUUAAAGUGUAUAUAAAUAGCA